UCCUCCCAGCUCCCCCACUCAUGCACCAGUUUACCUCUAGAGGUCAUCAGGCAGGAUUUACGACUGGACAACAAAAGCACGUGAUUCCAAGUCGUACCCCAUAUUUGGGUGCCUACGUAGGAGGGAACCAAGUACAUGUCCCAGUCAUUUCCAUAAUUCAUCAUAAAUUGUGCAAGGGUGCUAUAGACGCACAAAACGACCCAGAGCCACAAAUCAAGCACACACAUAUCAAAAAACAAAUGAGCUCUUAUUUUGUAAACUCAUUUUGCGGUCGCUAUCCAAAUGGCCCGGACUACCAGUUACAUAAUUAUGGAGAUCACAGCUCGGUGAACGAGCAAUACAGGGAUUCAGCAGGCAUGCAUUCCAGCAGGUACGGAUACGGCUACAAUGGCAUGGAUCUCAGCGUUGGGCGAACAGCUUCCAACCACUUUAGUGCCAGUGACAGAGCAAGAAAUUACCCAUCCAACCCAACCUCCUCUACAGAGCCAAGGUAUAGCCAACCUGCAGGGUCUUCACAUUCUCCAAGUCCACCUGACCCUCUGCCCUGCAGUGCUGUGCCCACCCCGCCUGUCAGCGAGAGUCACCCAGGAGUCAAAAACUCUCUAACAAACUCCAACAGCAGCAACAACACGUCCAAUGCCAGCAGCACCAGCAGCAAUAGUGCCAGCAUUAGCAGGGAAGGGCUUGGUGCUUCUUCUUCUGGUGCUGAGGAGGACAUUCCAGCCAGCAGCGACCAGGCAAGUUCACAGAACGGCCAGAGCCCUGCUCCUUCAGUGCAACCCCAGAUCUACCCCUGGAUGAGAAAACUGCACAUAAGUCAUGACAAUAUAGGAGGACCAGAGGGGAAGAGGGCUAGGACAGCUUAUACACGCUACCAAACUCUGGAGCUGGAGAAAGAAUUCCAUUUUAACAGAUAUCUGACCCGCCGAAGGAGGAUUGAGAUAGCCCAUGCCCUGUGCCUAUCCGAGAGACAAAUCAAAAUCUGGUUUCAGAACAGAAGAAUGAAAUGGAAAAAGGAUAAUAAGCUGAAAAGUAUGAGUAUGGCAGCUGCAGGGGGUGCAUUCCGCCCAUAGAUGCUUUCAAGUGUUAGAAUACUGUCACCAUAGACUUUCUAGGACUCUUGUGUGUGACUUCAGUGAAGAAACCUGUUUUUUUGUCCCUAUCAUAUCCUAUCCAGUCCAUGAUGAGCCCCUUCUGUCGGAGGAAUAUAGCUGCGGCUGCUUUAUGUACAUGUUAUGUUUUUUUGGAUGGCAAUGUCUUGACAAUUGUAAAUGUUUUAACUUAUUUGACUAUGUAAAACGCUAUGUGUUACUUGAAGGAACAGAACAAAAAAACAAACAAACAAAAAACCUCUUGAUUUCUAAUGUUCUGUGUUGCAUUCAAUUUGCAAAAAAAAAAAAGCUGUAAAUGUUUGUGAAGUGUAACUAUGUUUGAAUACUUCAAAGCGUCUACCUACGUUUCCAGAUAAUACUACCUAUGUGAAUACUAUGUUGUAGAGGUGACUUGUGUUAGUGUGGUGAGUAGUGACACAAACUGUGACCCCCCCCCAAAAAAAACAGUCUGUCCUAGCUGUGCCUUUUUGUAUCUCAUGAUGACUCUGCACGACCUCUUGUAAAGUGGCUGUCACCGGCAGCCAAGUCUAUGUAAUAUGUGUUUGUUCAGAAAGUUAACGAUAUAGUCCAGCUUGGCUGUUUAAGCAAUUGCUACAUAUAUUUUUUUUUUUGUAAUUUUUUUUUCAUGAAAAAAAAAAAUAUGACUGGAAAAAAAAUAAACUUUCUAC